CUCCGGAACAUACCCAUGUAUGUAGACACAUAAAACUAGCGUUUUCGCCUGCUCAAACUUCUCCUCGUUACUCACGAGAGCGAGUGGCAAAGUGCUGGAAUCCGCAAAUCGGUUUUUGAAUCUGUGGGUUAGCCCUGCAGUGGUGAGUGGGAGAAAGCAAUCAGGAUGAGAGCUCAAGCAUUGCAGCGAUGGAGAUCGGAAAUGUUGCAAGCAUAUGGAAAGAACAGCAAGUUGGGGGCUCAGAAGACCCGCUUGUUUGUAUCGUUAACAGAGAAUCCAGCUCAGAAGCCUACUUUGGAGUUGUGGACAUGGGGUAGGGGAGAGGCUGGUCAGCUUGGUCUGGGCAAAGAGAGCACCGAGCGGUCGCCCUCUCUGCUCAUUUCUCUUCCUCAAAAAAUUCGUCUCGCUCCCAUGCCUGGUGUUCUUAAUUCCGUCGAAAUCCUAAGUUCUUCUCCUGUCAACUCUGAGAUUCCAGUUAAAUUAGGUCAAUCUCAAAGCUUAGAGGUAGAGUCUGCGAUUCGGAAAGCCACCGUAGUCAGGAGAGACAGCGGUGAGACAGACAGCACGAGCGGAGAGGCAUUUGAGGAAGUUGGAAUUUCUUGCGGAUUAUUUCAUUCUUGUUUUUGGAAGAAUGGAAAGCUUUGGCUAUGGGGAAAAGGAGAUGGUGGGCGUUUAGGUACUGGAUCCGAGGUCUCCCUGUAUAGUCCUCAUUUGAGCCCGUUUCCAUCAAGAGUGAAGAGCGUGGCACUCGGAGGGUUGCAUUCCGCGGCUGUCACUGAGGACGGAUAUGUUUAUACAUUUGGUUUUGGAGGUUUUGGUGCAUUGGGCCAUGGAUCCUACGAGAAAGCUUUGAGUCCAAAGCUUGUGGAUGGAAGCUCUGUAGGCAUGAAAGAUAUUGUCCACAUUGCGUGUGGGGGAGCUCAUACCGCGGCAGUGUCUGCGUCUGGGCAUGUUUAUACAUGGGGCAGAGACGAAGGCGAAGGAAGGCUCGGCUACAUUCCUGGCCCUGAAUAUGAAGAUGGAACAUGUGUUCCCCUGCAAGUUCGUGGAAUCUCAGACCCGAUUGCGGCUGUAGCUUGUGGUGGCUUCUUCACCAUGGCUUUGACCCCUGGGGGUCAGCUUUGGAGCUGGGGAGGGAACAGCAAUUAUGAGCUAGGGAUAGGAGACCGACGACCCAGCUGGAGACCGCGAAUGGUUCCUGAAGUUGAAAAUACACGACUUAUUCAAGUGGCUUGUGGUGGCUAUCAUUCUGCGGCCAUAACUGAGGACGGAGAAGUGUUGACUUGGGGCCACGGUGGUCACGGACAGCUAGGACAUGGUGAUCUAGCAAAUGUUAAAGCACCAAAAGUUGUAAAAAUUCUUGAAGGACAGCGAGCAGUUUCGGUAGCCUGUGGAGGAGCUUGGACAACUGCCGUUACUGAUUCGGGGAAGUUGUACACAUGGGGAAAGAACCGAGAUUGCCAACUUGGUGUUUCCGGGCUUAUGGAUACAGAAAUGCUGCCUAUCCUGGUCGAGUUGGAUGCGGAGCCUAAUGAAUCACCAGAAUCAUCACGCCUUGCGAUCGCAGUUGCUGCGGGAGCGCAUCAUGGCAUGUCUCUUGUUCUACGCAUUUGAUACUGCAGCAAUCGGGUCAAGGAAUAAGUUACGCUUGUUGCGCGAACGGGUAACUUGGCCAGUAGGCAAUAAACGGUUGGUCGAACAUGAGGAAACUGCGUACAUGAAUCUCUAUACAGGCAAGCUUUCUCAAAAAGUUCCACUUGACCAAUGUGCUAUUGCCAUACCGUGGUCAGCAACAUUGCUAACAGUUCCUUAUAACACCCAGAACGGCCCUCCCGGGCAAAGGAGAUGCAAGAAUCGUUUUUUGGUUCUGGAGGCUGAGUUUUUUGUUUCUCUUUUAUUUCCAUCAAGGCUUUAAGGAUUCUCGAACGUGUCAAUGGAUUGUUAAAGAGAUUUCGUUUCAAGGCUGUGGACAGAAAAGAAACUUUUGAAUGGCUUAGGAAUGUAGAUUCGCAGUGUGAGGGGCACCUCAUGUACUAUCUCUUGCGGUUUCGAAUGAAUUUGAGUAUCCUUUAUUUCCUCUUCAA